UCUUUGAUCAGUUGUCAAGACACUUACACUACACAUGUGUAUAUGUUCGUAACACUACGAACAUAUACUUCAGUUCGUUGAAGAGAGAUGGCGCUAAUUGGAGUGCAGCUGGUGGUCAGCUUGCUGGCUGCUAGCAUCAUGCAGAGAAUGACUCCACACUGCUCUUUUGCCCGCUGGCUUCUAUGCAAUGGCAGUCUAUUCCGGUUCAAACACCCCUCUGAAGGAGAGCUGUGUGCCCUGGCAGGCAAACAGAUACCCAGCAAGCCCAGCAGGAGAGACAGGAGACAGAAUGGGGACAGCAAGCCUCUCACAGUGCCGAAGGACAUCGACCUUAACUUAGAAAAAGCUCCAAUUGGUGUCCUUGAUGCCCUUGUACUGCGAUUCUUCCUGGAGUACCAGUGGUUGAUUGACUUUGCAGUGUAUGCGAUGGGCAUCUACCUUUUCACUGAGGGCUACUUCUGUGUAGUUGACCCUGCCAUGGAGGUCCACAUUGGGGCCUUCUGGUGUGUGCUGACUGUUCUCUGCUGCCUAAAAACCCUCCACUCCCUGAUGGGCCACUAUUUCCGGUCUGAUGAGGGGGGUGAGCGUUCAGUGUGCUUGGCCUUUGGUUUCCUAUCUCUGCUGGUGGCCAUGUUGGUGCUAGUGGUCAGAGAAGACUACCUGGAGUUUGGCCUGGAGCCUGGUAUGUCCACGACACUAACCCCUACUACAGUUUUAAGUCUUUUUGACAACCUUGAAGUUUUCGCAAAACAGCAAGGCUUUGCUGAGUGGUCAGUCCCGGUGACCAAGCUGACUGUGAAGUUGGGUCUGGCUGCCAUCUGUGCUUUUAUUGGUGCUUUGCUGGCCUUCCCUGGCCUCCGCCUAGCCCAGACCCACCUGGACGCAGUUCAGAUGAACUCAGACCGCCCAUUCAUCCAGAUUCUGUUGCACAUUAGUUUUCUGGCUCCAGUGGUGGUGAUCGUGUUGUGGAUCAAACCCAUCGCUAGGGACUUCCUGGGGAACGCUCCCAUGGGGAAGACCUCGGUCACGCUUAUGUCAAGCGUGAUGUUUGACAGUGUUCGUCUGUGGACGGUGGUGGUGCUGUGCUGCCUGAGGCUGGCCCUGACCCGCUACCACAUGCAGGCCUACCUCAACCUGUCCCAGAAGUGGGUGGACCAGAUGAAGAAGGAGGCAGGACGCAUCGCUGCCAUCGACAUCCAGAGGAAGGUGACCCGAGUGUUCUGCUACCUGACCAUAGUCACCCUGCAGUACGUGAUCCCUGUUCUACUCCUCCUCUUCUCUACCCUGGCUCUGAAGGUCCUGGGUGACUUCUCAUGGAGUGGUGCGGAGCAGGCUCCGGGGGUGACUCCUGCCCUGGUAAUGCCCACGGUCACUCCCAUCCUGCCAGGGCUGGAGGAGGACGAGGAUGGGGUGGAGUACAUGGAGGAGGACAUCCAGGCCACGGUGGCUCGUCUGACAGAGGGCUUCUCAGCCCUGCGCUCCGUCCUCACCCCACUCUUCUUCAGAGGCCUCUUUGCCUUCCUUACCUGGUGGGUGGCCGCCUUUGGCAUCUACUUCCACCAGUACCUCAUGCAGAACUGAGGAAGAAUACACAGAACUACACUAUCCACAAUACCUAGCUAACACAAGCCCAGUGUGAUGUAGGCAGGUAAAACUCUUUAACACAACAGAAGGGCAGGAUGGGUGCUCUUGUCUUACUGUAACUAAGGUGUCACGGAUGUAAAAAAAACAAACACAUGAGGCUUUCUUCUGACACACUACUACUUUGUUGUCCUGUGGGACACAGAUGACGUUGCCUGUGACUGCCUGGGGACUAUGAUGGAGAUGCAGUAUAAUGGGGACUGAACUCUGUCCCUUGCUACUUAACACAUUUCUCUUAAGCCAGUGUUAACCUUAUUCAUUUUUCAUCAGAAAAUAUUGUUAAAUGCUGCAAAUGAGACUUUACUAUUAGGAAAAAGGUACCACUACACUACAGCCUAGUUUGCUAUUAGACAGAUUCAGAAGCUCUUGAAGCUUUUUAAAAUGGUCGUCCAAUAGUUCUGCUAAUACCGUACCGAUUGUCAUGAACCCAUGGAAUUCAGUCUACAGUGCCUUGCAAAAGUAUUCGGCUCCCUUGAACUUUGCGACCUUUUGCCACAUUUCAGGCUUCAAACAUAAAGAUAUAAAACUGUAUUUUUUUUGAAGAAUCAACAAGUGGGAAACAAUCAUGAAGUGGAACGACAUUUAUUGGAUAUUUCAAACUUAUUUAACAAAUCAAAAACUGAAAAAUUGUGUGUGCAAAAUUAUUCAGCCCCCUUAAGUUAAUACUUUGUAGCGCUACCUUUUGCUGCGAUUACAGCUGUAAGUCGCUUGGGGUAUGUCUCUAUCAGUUUUGCACAUCGAGAGGCUGAAUUUUUUUUUUCUCCCAUUCCUCCUUGCAAAACAGCUCAAGCUCAGUGAGGUUGGAUGGAGAGCAUUUGUGAACAGCAGUUUUCAGUUCUUUCCACAGAUUCUCGAUUGGAUUCAGGUCUGGACUUUGACUUGGCCAUUCUAACACCUGGAUAUGUUUAUUUUUGAACCAUUCCAUUGUAGAUUUUGCUUUAUGUUUUGGAUCAUUGUCUUGUUGGAAGACAAAUCUCCGUCCCAGUCUCAGGUCUUUUGCAGACUCCAUCAGGUUUUCUUCCAGAAUGGUCCUGUAUUUGGCUCCAUCUUCCCAUCAAUUUUAACCAUCUUCCCUGUCCCUGCUGAAGAAAAGCAGGCCCAAACCAUGAUGCACCCACCACCAUGUUUGACAGUGGGUAUGGUGUGUUCAGGGUGAUGAGCUGUGUUGCUUUUACGCCAAACAUAACGUUUUGCAUUGUUGCCAAAAAGUUCAAUUUUGGUUUCAUCUGACCAGAGCACCUUCUUCCACAUGUUUGGUGUGUCUCCCAGGUGGCUUGUGGCAAACUUUAAACGACACUUUUUAUGGAUAUCUUUAAGAAAUGGCUUUCUUCUUGCCACUCUUCCAUAAAGGCCAGAUUUGUGCAAUAUACGACUGAUUGUUGUCCUAUGGACAGAGUCUCCCACCUCAGCUGUAGAUCUCUGCAGUUCAUCCAGAGGGAUCAUGGGCCUCUUGGCUGCAUCUCUGAUCAGUCUUCUCCUUGUAUGAGCUGAAAGUUUAGAGGGAUGGCCAGGUCUUGGUAGAUUUGCAGUGGUCUGAUACUCCUUCCAUUUCAAUAUUAUCGCUUGCACAGUGCUCCUUGGGAUGUUUAAAGCUUGGGAAAUCUUUUUGUAUCCUAAUCCGGCUUUAAACUUCUUCACAACAGUAUCUCGGACCUGCCUGGUGUGUUCCUUGUUCUUCAUGAUGCUCUCUGCGCUUUUAACGGACCUCUGAGACUAUCACAGUGCAGGUGCAUUUGUACGGAGACUUGAUUACACACAGGUGGAUUGUAUUUAUCAUCAUUAGUCAUUUAGGUCAACUUUGGAUCAUUCAGAGAUCCUCACUGAACUUCUGGAGAGAGUUUGCUGCACUGAAAGUAAAGGGGCUGAAUAAUUUUGCACGCCCAAUUUUUCAGUUUUUGAUUUGUUAAAAAAAAGUUUGAAAUAUCCAAUAAAUGUCGUUCCACUUCAUGAUUGUGUCCCACUUGUUUGAAUACUUUCGCAAGGCACUGUAUGUAGCAGUCAUCACCACUUGUGUAUGGAUUGAUCAAACUCGGGCCUCGCCUGUUCAUUCUCCUUAAUCAUUUAUACCCACCUUUUAAAACGGAGCACAGAGGAUCAGUUACUGUGUUUUAUUUAAUGAAGGGAUUCAAAGAGGAAUUCCAAGUGCCUGGAAACUCAGGGAUUUUAAGUCAAUUAUAUGAUCUUCUUUCAUGUUUUUUUUUCUCUGUAAAAUGGUAGACUGGUGAUAGACAUUUAUAUAUAUCAUUUGAAAACACUCCAGCCCAGACUGGAUUUGGCCAAAUUUACCUGUUAUCAACCAUCUUUCAGUCUCAGCAAAGUUUGUUAGUUGUUUGAACAAGGUACUUUGUCUUUUAUUGCUGCCAAACUAUAAUUUACAGAUGUAGGCUUAGAACAAAUCUCGCUUACCUUAAACCUAGGUCUGAAAUGCGUUACUGAUUGUAGUGUCAACGUUUUUUUUAAUGUAUUUAUUUCUACUCUAUUGCCCCUGGUCAUAUUGUGUUGGAAAGGUACAGGUGUCGUGCUGCUGUACGUUUGGUUUAUGGCACGUGCGAUUUUAUUUGAUUGAAUGUUCGCUAAUCAUUUCACGGUUUCUGUGAAGAUGCUGUUUUUACAAUUAAGAGACUUCUGAAUGCAUGGCGUUAACUUUAGUUGUGUACAAGUGUUUCUAUUUGGUUGUGUGGCUUAAUAAAACAAUAAUUGAAUAUU